GGCUUUCUCCACCCCCUCCCCGGUGCAUCCUGCCUGUUCUGGGGUCCAGAAGCGUGUUACAGGGCGGGAUGGGCGGGAGAGCAGAGCCACGGCCUCUGCGGAGCGAGUGAAGAGCGGCGAGAAGUUCCCGGGGCGGCGCGCCUAGCCACGCAGGGGCGGUGGGAGCGCGGGCCCGGCCCCCGACGGGCGCGGACGACAGAGCCGCCGCCUGACCGCGUGGCGCCCCACCACUGCGGCCGCGUCACCCUCGCCCCCCGGGGUCGCCAGCGCUGGCCCGAGCUCCCACUGACGGCACACUGAGCCCGGCGCACUUGCCGGCCUCGUCUCCAAUGAUUCAGAAGUCACGCCCGGCGCUGCUGCAGCCUCAAGAUGUCGGAGACAGGGUGGAGACGCUUAUGCUGCAUCCGGUGAUCAAAGCUUUCCUGUGUGGCUCCAUCAGUGGGACCUGCUCCACCCUCCUUCUCCAGCCCCUAGACCUCCUCAAAACUCGCCUGCAGACUCUCCCAGCCCAUGGAUCCAGGCGUGUUGGGAUGCUGGCUCUUCUCUUGAAGGUGGUUCGCACGGAGAGCAUUCUGGGCCUUUGGAAAGGGAUGUCUCCUUCCAUUGUGAGGUGUGUCCCCGGCAUUGGUAUCUACUUCGGCACCCUCUACUCCUUGAAGCAGUACUUUCUGCGAGGCCAUCCACCAACCGCCCUGGAGUCGGUCAUCCUGGGAGUGGGCUCUCGCUCAGUUGCAGGGGUCUGCAUGUCACCCAUCACUGUGAUCAAGACCCGUUACGAGAGCGGGAGGUAUGGCUAUGAGAGCAUCUACGCAGCCCUGAAGAGCAUCUAUCGCAGCGAGGGGCACCGGGGACUCUUCAGUGGCCUGACAGCAACACUUCUGCGUGACGCACCCUUUUCUGGAAUCUACCUGAUGUUUUACAACCAGACCAAAAACAUCAUGACCCACGGAUUAUGGGCUGCGUGGCUUCUUCCAAGGUGGCGUCCCCCGGGCCCUCCGCAGAACUCUGAUGGCAGCAAUGGCAUGGACAGUCUACGAGGAGAUGAUGGCCAAGAUGGGCCUGAAGUCCUGACCAAGAGGGGCCUGGGGACAGAUGGGCUCUGUUGCCUUGCCCGGCUCUUGCCAAGGGCUGCUCCGUCUCACUGUCCCGGAGUUAGAGGAUGUCCUGUCUGGAAAGCCAGGCAGCUACGUCACCUUCCGUUACCCAGUUUGAGUAGAGAAUAGAUGGGCCCGACUCAAGCCUUCAGGAUCUCCCGAAAGAGGUGUUACUGAUGCGUACCGCGCGCUAGGGAGUUAGGAGAGGGUUUGCCCAUCCUGCAGGACUUCUUAAAAAGGGGUUUCUGGAGGGAGCUCUGUCAGGUGGCUCCGCUUCACCUACACCCACCUACACCAGGCUGCCGUUUGGAUCUGUCCUUGGGCAAGGAAUUGCACCGCCAGAGAAUCCGCGGACUGGCGCUGCGGCCGAGGCGCUCCAGUGGGGGAAGCCCAUCUGCCGGGAGAGGGGUCCUUGUCACGAGGCUGAAGGCUGUGUCCGGGGUGCUGUUAGGACGAGGGGAAAAAAGAUGUUGUUACUUAACUGGUGGUUACUUAAUCACCUGGAGAGCCUCUAAAGAAGUGGGGACAGUGGCUUCUUAGCCUCGAAGUGUCCAAAUAACGUUUUUUUGUUCUUGGCCUCAGCCCUGUUUUAAUUCUGAAUUGUUCUGGCAUUUUUUUUUUUUUUCUGCUGCUAAAAUUCACAUAAAUAAAGUGAAGCACUUUAUCACUGAAAA